UAACAUUUACUGUAUUAUCGCUUGGGAUAUUCUUCUCCAAGCCUAUUUACGACAUAUUCAUCAGGCCUCGUGAGGAUAUUGAUCUAUCUGAACCGCCGACGACCCUACAAACAAGGAGGUUCAUUCAAAGUUCAGAAAACUAACUAUGGAAUCCGUAGCGAAAGCCAGAGAGAGGCUAGCUAAGUACCCGUUACUGUUUGCCAAGUGCUCAAAACAAGGAACCCUGUACGCCCGUUGUGUAUUGCUAAAAGAAGAUUCAGUGAAAAAGGACGAUUGUGCUAAAGAAUUCCAAGAUUUCAAGUCGUGUUUGCAAUCUGCUGCUAAAGAUUUAAAAACUAGGAUUUAA